ACAGCAAUUUAUUUUUUAAGUAAUCCUGGGAUAAUUUUACUAAAUAGCAAUUCCAUCCUCCUUUGUCUUUUUUCAUAACAAAGCGGCCUUUUACCAACAUGACAAGCUUGAGUUUCUUGGUUGGAGUAGUAGGCAACAUCAUCUCAGUCUUACUCUUUCUUUCUCCAUUGGGCACUUUCUGCAGAAUAGUGAGGCACCGGUCAACUGAAGAAUUUGAGAGCUUUCCUUACAUCUGCACCCUCUUGAAUUCAGCCUUAUGGACUUACUACGGUGUUACAAAGCCUGGAAGUCUCCUCGUAGCCACUGUAAAUGGAUUCGGAAUAGUGGUCGAGUUGAUUUAUGUAGCUUUGUUCCUUAUUUUUGCACCUCCAAGAAUCAGGGCUAAAACUGGGAUACUAUUUGGAGUUUUUGAUGUGGGAUUUGUAGCAGCAACAGUUUUGGGCACUCAACUGAUUCUGGAUGGAGAAAUGAGGAUUGAUGUGAUAGGUUUUCUGUGUGUAGGCCUUAAUAUUCUCAUGUAUGGCUCACCUUUAGCAGCAAUGAGAACAGUGGUGACAAGUAAAAGCGUGGAGUUCAUGCCUUUCCUUCUCUCGUUUUUCGUCUUCUUAAACGGAGCCAUAUGGACUUUGUAUGCUGUGCUCGUCAAAGAUUACUUCCUUGGAGUACCAAAUGGGAUAGGGUUUGUGCUUGGAAUAGCUCAGCUACUGUUAUACGCAAUUUAUAGCAGGGAGCAUAAUAACAAGUCAUCAAAAACAUCAUCAGAUGAGUUGGAGAAUGGAUGGCAAAUCAGGGAACCCUUUGUUUCAUCUUCAACUUCAACCAACAUGGAUGAAAAGAAUCAUGUGUAGUGUAGAGAAUUAUUUACUCUCUUCUAGUUUCAUAUACGUACACCCACAUAUUGUACUCUGAUUCUGGGAUACAACACUCAUUGAUUCAUUCCUAUAUGUUCUUUUAA